AUGGCCCUCCUAACAACCUUCUACACGAAAUUCACACAAUGGUACUACACGUCGAUGGUCUUAAUGAAUCUCGUCUGGAAAAGGAUUACGGUAGGCGAGGAAUACCUGCGUGAGGUCACCUAUCCGACACCAGAGUGCCUGAAGGAUUGGGAUCAUCGAUACGCUCAGUUGAAGGUUUGCAGUUAUAACUUAAGGGUCUAUUUUUUCUCUUUCAAGACAUUUUUGAAGGGGUUCUAAAAGAGACGCAAAAGUUAAAAUUUUAAAGUUAACUUCUGAGGGGCAUUUGAAAGUCAAGCUUCUCUAUUUCAGAGAGUCAAGCUUCACUAUGUCGAAAAAGGACCAGCCGACGGAAAAGUUUUGCUAAUGGUGCAUGGUUUUCCCGAAUUUUGGUACUCGUGGAGGUUUCAACUCGAGCAUUUCUCGAAGGAGUACAGGUAGGCGCGGAUCGGUUCAGGUCGGGGCAGUGGAAAGUCUACUACUGACCCUAUUCAUAUAUAAUAUUUCAAAAACUUGCAAAAAAGACAGGCUUGGGCGAGGGCCGGCCCGUCAAUCUCUCGGUUGCUUUUUUUUAGACGAAAGUCACGUUUUUGCCUAUUUUUUCCCUUAAAGUCCAACAAAAACUAUGAUUUUAAAAGAUUCAAUCAACUUAUUUUCGCAACAUCGGGAUGGUAUGGUGAUGUUGCAGGGAGGGAAAAAAGACCACUAGGUGGAUUAACUAAUCCCACAUGUGAAGAAAAAAAGUUUUUUUGUGAGAAAAGAAACAUAGAAUCAUAAAAAAAUAAAUAUUUGAAAGCAAGUUGAUUAUGGCACAAAUUUUGGUGAAAAAUUCUUUAAUGAAUUUUUUUAAAUUUUUUUCGAAGGUCGGCUCGGUCCAAGCCCCCGCAGACUCCUUCUCAAAAAUGAAGCUCAGAGCCCGGGCCGCCUGGCCUGACUCACAAACUUGAAAAGAAAGAAAGAACGAUCUUUUAGCAUAAAAUCUUCCCGACUUUGUUGGAGUCAAAAAAAACCAAUUAAUUCGAGAAAUUGUCAUCGUAAAACAUAAAUAAAGAUUCUAGAGUAAACUUUUAGAAAUUUCAGGUGCAUAGCCUUAGACAUGCGUGGGUACAACGAGUCGGAAAAGCCGCGCGGAGUCGAAAAUUACAAUUUGAAGUUUUUGGUGGAGGAUAUUCGAGAGUUUAUUGAAUUUCUGGGUUGGUUUUAUUCUCAUUAUAACUUUUGGGCAUUCAAAAAAGUUUGAAUCAGUUUUAUCAUGAGGAAUGAUAUUUAGGAGUUCAAAAUGUUAUUUUGGCGGCACACGACUGGGGAGGUAUCGUUUCGUGGAGGGUUCGUUAAAUUUCUUCAAAAAUUAAAAAGAUUUUCAGAAAACCUUUUGACAUUUUUUUUUUCUGUGAUUCCUCUGAGUAAAAAUUUCAAGGUGGCGAUGCUCCAUCCAUCUCACAUUGAAAGCCUAAUAAUCUGCAAUUGUCCUCACCCGCUGGCCUACAAGAAAGUCUUCAUGGAGGACAAAAAACAGCGCGAGAAAAGUUGGUGAGUUGAAAAACUUGCGAGUUUCGAAUAUUUUCAUUAAAAUCAGCUUCAAAAUCGAGAUCGGCCAGAAAAAAAGAAGUAGAACGGGGUAAUCUAUUCACCUAAAUGGCGCAAUGGCUAAGUAGCUCGCCUACUAGUACGAAAUUUGUUCAGGUUCGAGCCCUUCGCCGGUAAAACUUUUUUGCAUUCUUAUUUUCGUUAUAUUUAUCGAAUAUUUAAGGUACAUGUUCAUGUUUCAAAGUGGAGGAGUCCCAGAGCUUGCGAUGCGGGCAAAUGGCUACGAAAUGCUCGAAUCUAUGUUCCGCGGAAAGAAGGGCGGUAUAAAGAAUCGGAAAAAUUUCACCGAUGAGGAUUUACUCGCCUGGAAGUAUGUCUUCAGUCAGGAAGGUUUGAAACCUAUUCAUUCCUACAAAAAAAUUGAAUCAAGUUUUGGACCUUGAGAAGUUCGAAAAAGGGUCUCAAAACUACAUUAUCGUCUUCUUUCCAAUCAAUUAAAAAAAAAUAUAAUCUUUCAGAUCUUGCAUUCUGAAUCUAAUCGUAAUGAUUAUCACAAGAAUUUCGCGAAAAAGUAUAAAACCUAUAAAUUCAGAAGCCCUGACACCUCCAAUAAACUACUAUCGUCAACUUCUGGACGCUCCUCACAUCUCAAAAACUGAUUCGAUUGUUCAGGUUUUCUUUCCUUUUUUUUCUCAAACCAUAAAUGAGCAGACCUUUUUUCAAGAGCGCCAUUACCUCCUCCCGAGUCUUCCUAGAUAAAAGUCAGUACUACCUCUUAACCGGAACCCUAAUCCAUUUUUGUCACCACUAUUACUUUUCACUUUUCCCUGGGUGUUCAAAACCUUUCAAAUAUUGAAAUUCUAAAACUUACAAUCAAUCCACCUAUUGAGUAGCUUUUUUUGUUGGUAAUAAAGAAAUAACAACUUACAGCCUCCAGUGCUGAUCAUUUGGGGGACGGAAGACGCCUUCAUCGAGAAACAAACCGCCGAAGAUUCAAUAAAGGUCAGAUAUUUCUUUUCAUUCGACAAUUCGGCUCUGAACUCGUCAAAAAGUUAUUUAAAAAAACAUUUAAUUAUCGAUCACCUGGUCACAGUCCAAUCAAUUUUUUUCUAAAUGAAAGUUGUUCUUUUAAUUUUUCUUCUGUUUAAAUUUGACAUUAAAAAUACGAAUUCAAGGAAGAAUAAAGCCAGGUUAUGACGUCAGAACCAUAAGAGUUCCUCUAGAAAAUGACGUCAUAAAAUGAAUGGAACUACGAAAAAAUAAUUUAACAAUUAGUAAAAAAAGCUAAAAAAAUUGAGUCGAAUCAAUAAAACUAAUUUAUGUAGUUUGAAUGGAAAAAAAUGAGGGAAGCGAUGACGUCACCAAAAUUCAUCGCUUAGUUGACGUCAUAAAAAAAGCCCAGCAAUUUUUCUUUUUUUACCUAUGACGUCAUUUUUAGUUCUGCCGUUACGCGCGGCUCCACUGGAUAGAAGGCGCUUCGCAUUGGGUACAGCAAGACCAACCUGACGUCUUCAAUCGCCUCGUCGACGCCUUCCUUCAUGAUGACGUCAUCGUCAGGGCCGCUUCUGAUGAUGUCUACACGGAGAAGUCUAAAAUUUAA